UGCUUUCUGUCAACAGCAGAAAUCUAAAGCAAAGUAGAAAAAACAUCCUUAGUCUCCUCCCCUGGGUCGUACCAAAGAAUCAUGGAACUUUGAAAACAAUAUUCGGUGUAUUGAAAAAUAGUGGAUUUUUGGAUCUGCUAAUUCAAAGCAAGUCGAUUCGUUCACUUAUUGCUUGUGAAAUAAUUUGGUAUUUGGAUUGAUCGCGGUCGUGAUCGUGAUCGUGAUCUCCUUUGUUUGAAUUGAUUUGCGUUGUUGAAGGAAGAAGAAUAAAAGGGUCAAAUCGAAUUGCCUGUUUGGGAAAGGGAAAAUCAGAAGAAAUCAUGGCGAGAAGCAGAGAUAAAGAAGAUGCAGAGAAGUACAGUGACUUGCUGAAACUGGUUCAGAUUCUCUCGUUUCUGGUGGUUUUCGUCGCCGGGAUUAUCAUCGGAUUAGCCACCAGCGCUCACAUAAACACCUAUUUCUCUUCCCAAGCGCAGCUGUUCUCGACUUCGACGGUCACUUCUUUUCAAGUCUCCAGCAGCAAAGCCAAUUGCAGUCAAACCCGGACUCCAUGCCCAGAACCGGACUGUCUUUCCAAGGAUGUCUUCCUUCAUCCAACGAAUUUGACUCAUAAACUAUCGGAUGACGAGUUGUUCUGGAGAGCUUCAUUGACGCCAUACAAAAAAGAGUACCCGUUUCCCAGAUUGCCAAAGGUGGCCUUCAUGUUUAUCACUAGAGGCCCUUUGCCUUUCAUGCCUUUGUGGGAGAGGUUCUUUAAGGACCAUGAUAAGUAUUUCUCCAUUUAUCUCCAUACUCCUCCGGAUUAUCACCUCAAUGCCUCCAUAGACUCUCCUUUCCAUGGGAGACAGAUCCCUAGUCAGCGUGUGGAAUGGGGGACUGUUUCACUGGCUGAUGCAGAGAGGCGGCUACUAGCCAAUGCACUGCUUGAUUUCUCAAACGAGCGAUUUGUUCUUCUCUCUGAGAGCUGCAUUCCAGUCUAUAACUUCCCAACUGUCUACAAGUAUCUCAUCGGUUCUAGCUACAGUUUUGUUGAGUCAUACGAUGAUCCCACCCGCUAUGGUCGUGGUCGGUACAACCGCAGGAUGCUUCCCCACAUUAAGCUCUACCAAUGGCGAAAAGGAUCACAAUGGUUUGAGAUGCAACGUUCAGUUGCCACGUACAUUGUCUCAGACACCAAAUACUACAACCUUUUCAAGAAGUAUUGUAAGCCUGCUUGCUAUCCAGAUGAGCAUUACAUUCCAACUUUCUUGAAUAUGUUCCAUGGAUCAAUGAAUGCAAAUCGGACUGUGACUUGGGUCGAUUGGUCAAUGGGGGGCCCUCAUCCAGCAAUGCACGAGGGAGUUAAUGUCACGGAGGGUUUUAUACAAGCCAUAAGGAAUAACGGGACACUUUGUGCAUAUAACGACAAGCUAACAUCUGUGUGUUAUCUCUUUGCACGAAAGUUUGCUCCUAGUGCAUUGGAGCCUUUGCUCAACCUCAGCUCAACUGUGAUGAACUUUUGAGAGAUUAAUCAGGCAAUGGUUGAGAUUCUCCCUCCCCCUCCCCCUUCAUUUUUACA